AUGGCAGCUAUGGAAGCUGCGAGAUUGGAAAAUGAUGAGGGUGCUGCUAGUAGAUUCUUUGAGACGCAGAGGGAGUAUAACAAAAUUUUGAUUCAGAAGGAAAUUUUCUGGAAACAAAGAGCUAAAAUUCAUUGGUUACGACAUGGAGAAUUGAAUUCUAAGUUUUUCCAUAUGUCGACUACAGUGAGGAAGAAUUUUAAGAGGUUAGACAUGCUUGUUGAUGAGACAGGAGCUGUGGCUAGAGAUCAAGAGGGACUAUGUCGUAUCGCAAAUUCUUAUUUUAAAGAGUUGUUUGAAGCAAAGCAGGGGGAGUAUGAUCCGCUUUUGAAUUGCAUUCAACCGGUUAUAACGCAUGAUGAUAAUCAUAAGCUGCUAUCCCAAAUUACCAAAGUUGAAUUGACCUACGUAUCAUCUCUCUACAAUGUUGUCUACGAGCUAGUUGCCAAGUUGCUAGCUAAUCGUCUGAAAUUGGUCUUGGAUAAAUGUGUUUCGAAGGAGCAAUCGGCUUUCAUUGAAGGGAGGUCCAUUCUUGAUAACACUAUGGGAGCUACGAAAAUUAUUCAUGCUUUGAAAAGGAAGACGAAUGGUAACAUGGCUAAUCUGGCGUUAAAGAUUGAUAUUAUUAAAGCUUAUGGCAGAGUCGAUUGGGGGUUUCUAAGAGGUAUUCUGCUUCGCCUUAGCUUUGAUGAGAGAUGGACCUAUUGGUUGUUGAUGUGUGUAACUUCGGUGCAUUAUUCUGUUCUUGUUAAUUCGGAUAGAGUCAUACCCAUUAUUCUAGGAAGAGGAAUGGGACAAGGCGAUCCUUUGUCACCUGUUCAUCCUUGUCUCUGA